CGAUCUGCUCAUGGCCUACACGUGACAACCCGAGGCAACGGAAUUUGUGCCAGCUUGCUCGCGUUCCACAUUCGUACCAAACUCGACUUCUCCUUUCCUGGGUCCUGUGUCACUCACCAGCAUGUCGAGCUGGCUCGGGCUUAAGCCCAUCUCUCUUGUCCCUCGCUGCUGCCGCACGGUGGUGAACAAGGCCGCCCUCCGACCUGUACCUCAGACCAGAGGGCGCAUCGUGUCACCGCAAGACUUCCUGAAGGCGAUAGGAAGGUCUGCAGACACGAAAGUUACGGUGGAGUCAUGGGAAGACCUCUGGAGUCUUAACCGUCUACGGAUGAAGGAAGCGGGAGUGGAAAUCAAGGACCGAAGGUACAUCAUGUGGUGCAUGGGCAAGUACCGCCUGGGAGAGGACCCCGCCGAGUUCGCGCACCCACCGCGGCCACAGAAGAAAAUUCGGGGGCACGGACCGGCGGUGCAAAAUGGGAAAAGGAUCAGGUCGAAGCGGCGCCGGAGCGGUCGGUGACCUUGGGUGCUUGCAGUAUGGUUAUCAUAGGCAAUCUAUCGGGCUUCCUGCGUCCACGAAUCAGGCAAAUUUGUGCUGUCGUUUGUUCACCAUUGUGCAUAUCCUUCCAUCCCCCCUCGUGGGUUUCCAUUAGGGUAUGAAGGAUGUUGACUCGUAUGGUAGUCUGGGGCAAAAGAACUCCGAGACGGGGAAUCGAACCCCGAGCUACCGCGUGAAAGGCGGUAAUGUUAGCCGUUACAC